AUGCAGGAAGGAGGUAUGGCUAUGCCAACGGUUGUUAAGCAGCAUAUGAUUUCUCGUAGCAACGCAUGCAGGUCAUUCAAAGAGUUCAGCUUGAGUAAUAGUACGGUUUUACCCAGAAGUGCGUCAAAUAAAAUUAACAAAGGCACGCCUCAGAAGCUCUUUACCGAACACAGUCAGUUUUUGAUGGAUUAUUUUGAUAAGCACCCAUCCUCCACACUUGGUUUGGCUAGAGAAGAACUGUUUUUUCAUUUUGAAGGCUUGGUCAUCUUACUCACUGCUUUAUGGAAACAUUUGACGGAACAUCACUUUUUCUCUUUGAAACAAGCAUCGAAGUACAAUUUGGAUAGAGAUGUUGAAAGAACCAUCCUUCUUUGUCAUGAAAUCGUAAACAAAUGGAUAGAGGUAGGUGUAGAUUUCCAAAAGAAUUGCGUUGUUAUCAAAAUAAAAUAA